UGUGGCUGUAACACAGCAAUCACACAUAUUAGAGGGCCGCUCCCUCGAUUUGCGGCUUGUUGACGGGCUUUGUCACCUUCCACAUCCCGUUAGCUCCAUCAAGCCGUAUCUCCUGAUUUCGUAACCGAUUGCUUGCGAACACCAGUUUUAAGCAAUCCACGUUUGCACUUGACGGGCCUACAGCUUCGCGCGCACAGCCGUCUCACGGCUGAAAGUUGACACCAUGACACGUAUCUCGCUUCCUAAGCGCUCUGAAGGCCAUGACCGGCCUCCUGCCAUCAUUGCGCCGUCCAUCCUCUCAAGCGACUUCGCCCGACUCGCCGACGAAUGCAAGCGAAUGGUUGACUUAGGAGCAGACUGGCUGCACGUAGACGUCAUGGACGGCCACUUUGUUCCCAACCUGACCCUGGGAGCCCCCAUCGUAGCCUCGCUCCGAAAACACACGGACGCCUUCCUGGACUGCCACCUGAUGACCACAAACCCGGAGCUCUGGGUCAAGGACUUCGCCAAGGCGGGCGCGGACAUGAUCACUUUCCAUUUGGAAGCCGCAGCCGGACCCGGUCCUGACGACUGGCACAGCCUCGCCCCCGACCAGCCCCACCCCGCAGUGGUGGAUAUGUGCCACGGCGUGAGGGCCGCGGGGAUGCAUGUGGGUCUCGCCUUAAAACCCGCCACGCCAGUGGAGCUGGCGGUGCCGUACGUGGAGCAGGGGCUUGUGGACAUGGUGCUGGUGAUGACGGUGGAGCCUGGUUUCGGAGGCCAGUCCUUCAUGGCGGAUAAGGCGGCCAAGGCGGCUGUGCUGAGGAAGAAGUUUCCAGACCUUCUCAUUCAGGUGGACGGCGGUCUGGCGCCAGCGACCGUCGACCGAGCGGCGGCCGCGGGAGCCAACGUCAUUGUGGCAGGAUCGGCCGUCUUUGGCGCCGCCGACCCAGGGGUCGUUAUCCAGCAGUUGCGAGAGAGCGUUACGGCGGCGGCCACUAGCGGCAAUGUGCCCCACUGA